CUACAGUUGCCAAAGUGAUUGACAGAUUUGAGGAUGAAACUGCAGAUGACAUUUUCCCUGUUGGUAACAUACGGAAAAGAGCUUCAGCCUCUCUCUUGGAAGAUGAUAAAAGAUACAGUGGAAAAGCUACAUCUCGCAAAGCUUUGCAAGAGGAGCUCUGGGGAGAUGCUCUGUCUGAAGAAGGAUCUGCUGAAGAUGCAUUAGAUGACUGGUACAGUGGCAGUGAGGAUUCAGAAGAGAAUGGCAGCUUAGGCACGAAAACAAAGGAGAAGCUGGGCAGUGCUGGCAGUGACCAGGAGGAUGACUUGGAAGAUGAUGAAGAGACAGAUCCGUCUGCUGAGACCAAGGAAUCAAAGUUCAGUUUCCAGAACAUCUCAGACUUUGGGAAAUUUACAGAGGGGAUGGAUGAUGUUGGAAGUAGUGAAGGGGAAGAUGAAGAUGAUGCCAGCAUGGAAGAAGGAAGUGAUGAGGAGGAAUAUGAGGGUGAAAACCAUGACAAUGUAAAAGAAACCACAGACCACGAAGAUGAUGGGGGGGUGAUGACUUUCUCAAAAGGACAAGAGACUGAAGAAGCAGAAAAAGGAAAAGCUGUGAAGAACCAGCUAGCACUGUGGGAUCAACUACUGGAGGGGAGAAUCAAGAUGCAGAAGGCGCUUGUAACAGUCAACCGGCUUCCACAGCCAGAUACUUACCCAGCCUUCAGGAAGGAAGGUGGACAGGAGUUUGACAACGCUGUUGAGAACUGUUGUAAAGCCGUGGAGGCAUUGAUGAAUGUAUUAGUGGAGCUUCAGGAUGAGCUGCUUUAUCAAUACCCAGGCACUAGGCAUCUGGUGGAUGGAAAGCAAUCAAAAACUGAGAGUGAUGAUGAAAUCCCUAGCAGUAGUGAUGAAGAGCAAGUGGAUAAGGCUCAGGAGAAGAGGAGGAGCCUCCCCAAGCGAAAGCUGAAGCUGGAGGAGUGCCCAGAGUUCAUAGCCAAGCGCUAUGCUGACUUCAGGACCUACCGGAACAACGUCCUGCAGAAGUGGCAUGAGAAGACAAAGCUGGCAUCUGGCAAAGUGGGAAAGGGUUUCGGUGCCUUUGAGCGUUCAAUCUUGACUCAGAUUGAUCAUAUUAUGAUGGACAAAGAGAGAUUACUACGGCGGACACAGACCAAGCGAUCCGUGUAUACAGUGCUGGGGAAGCAGGAACAGGAAUCUCAUCCCAUCCCUGAGUCUUUGCCUGAAAAUUCGGAAGUCCUCCCUGAGUCAGAUUCCAACAGGCACCUGAAGGACAUAGAUGAGGAGAUAUUUGACGACGAUGACUUUUAUCACCAGCUCCUUCGGGAAUUUAUAGAACGUAAAACCACUUCACUGGACCCCAAUGACCAGGUAGCAAUGGGAAGGCAGUGGCUGGCCAUCCAGAAGUUACGAAGCAAAAUAAAGAAGAAGGUGGACAGAAAAGCCAGUAAAGGAAGGAGAAUCAGGUAUCAUGUCCAUAGCAAGCUGGUGAGCUUCAUGGCACCUAUUGACCACUGUACAAUGAAUGAUGAUGCCAG